AUGGGCGGCGGCGAGUUCACUCUCAACCAGAUCAUUCCCAAGCAGGACUUCACCUUGACAAAGGGCCAUCUCAAGGUGUACAGCUACGAGGGAGACUCUGGGCCCGACACAAUCGACAUUCGGACGGGAUUGCUCAAGGGAAGUGAGAAAUGGGGCAAGCCGGCCGCCGAGAUCUAUGACAAGUUCCGAGCUGCGUGGCUACCUCAGACAGGAGAUGCGAGCUUCGAACUUGGUCCUCCUUCGUGA